AAUGGUGUGGGUGGAGCCUUCUUCGGUGGAAUAGCGGCGUGCGUGGCUGUCACAUUGACGGCACCGAUCACGGUGGAGUUGAAAACGAAGGCCCCUGGUGCUCGAACCUUCUUGCAGGUGGUGCGUGCACGCUUUGGCACUCCUGUCCACUGCCUCUUUUUGGCCUGUGCCCUUCUUGUCAACCUCGGAAUGAGUUUCGAGAUCUGCUCAAGUUGGGGGACUAGCAGUUAUCUGGUGUGGGGCUCAAGCUUUAAUGGUGAAAAGAUUAUAUCGCUGCAAUUGGAUCCUGUGGCUGGUUUACUUUAG